AUGCUGUCACGGGCGGCCAGACCCGCGCUCCGAGCUGCGGCCUCAGCUCCCACCCGAGCUGCCACCGCCGGCCACAAUGCCGCCGCCGGCUACGCGACCCUCCGCGAGAUCGAAAGCCGCCUCAAGUCGAUCCGCAACAUCGAGAAAAUCACAAACACAAUGAAGAUCGUCGCCUCGACCAAGCUCACCCGCGCCCAGCGCAGCAUGACCGAGUCCCGCAAGUACGGUCAGACGUCCAACGAGGUCUUCGAGUCGGCCGAGACGGCCCCCGCCGAGGCCGCCGAGGACGCCAAGAAGAAACUCUUCAUUGUCUGCUCCUCCGACAAGGGCCUCUGCGGCGGCAUCCACUCGGGCAUGAGCCGCAAGAUCCGCGCCCUUUACGCCAACGAGGGCCCAUUUGACCUCGUCAUCGUUGGCGAGAAGUGCAAGGCCCAGCUCCAGCGCACAAACGCCAGCAACAUCCAGCUCACCUUUUCUGGCAUCGGCAAGGACGUCCCCUCCUUUGCCGACGCUCAGGCCAUUGCCGACCAGAUCGUCAUGCUCCCCACCGAAUACACAGAGGUCAAAAUCCUGUACAACAAGUUCCUCAACGCCCAGAGCUACGAGCCCACCUUUAUUGAGGCUUUUUCCGAGGAGGCCAUUGCCCAGUCUCCCAACAUCUCCUCCUUCGAGGUCGAGGAUGAGGUCCUGGGCAACCUCCGCGAGUACAGUCUUGCCAACUCGCUCUACUGGGCCCUGGCCGAGGGCCACGCCUGCGAACAGUCUGCCCGACGCAACGCCAUGGACAACGCUUCCAAGAAUGCCGGUGAGAUGAUUGGCAAGUACCAAAUUCUCUACAACCGUACUCGACAAGCCGUCAUUACCGGAGAACUCGUCGAAAUCAUCACGGGAGCCACCGCCUCGGAGGACAUGUAA